CGUUGAAUUAUCAAAAAAGUUUGUGAUAGUGGGAAACAGAAUAAAUGUUGCAACUCUCGUAUCCUUCCCCGUAGGAGAGUAUCAAAAAAAAAGUAGAAAAGGUUGAAUUAUCAAAAAAGUUUGUGAUAGUGGGAAACAGAAUACAUGUUGCAACUCUCCCAUAUCCUUUCCCCGUAGGAGAGUAAAAAGAGGAAAACCCUAGACUGUGAGAGGAAAAAGGAAAAUAACAAGAAAAAGGGAAACUCAAUUACGAUCAUUUCUCUGAUCUCCGGGUCAAUCUUGUUGAUUGAGACACAAGCUAUCUAUUGAUUGAGGCUCAAGCUAUCAAAAUCAAUGGAGGGAGAUCAACAGAGACCAUACUCUGUUCUAACCAGAAAUGAAGUUAAAGAGAAAAUGAAUAAACAGAUCGACGACAUCUCAGGAGUCUUCUACGUUUCAAAAAACGAUGCCACCGUUCUCUUCAUGUAUCUCCGAUGGGACACGCUUAGGGUCUCCGAGCGUUUGGGUGAAGACAAGGACAAGCUAUUGUCGGAAUCAGGUUUGAGUUCACUCGUAACUGAUUUGUCUGAUUCAUCCUGGGUGAUUUGCAAUAAUAAGACUAGUGAUGAUCAUGUGAAUGAUGGUUUAAUCUCAACGCCGUGUUGCUCUCACAAGUUCUGCACAACCUGUUGGAGAGAGUACCUCGACUCUCUGGAGAAGAACCAAACCGUAAUCUCAUGUCCCGACCAAAGCUGUCGAGCUUCUGUUGGACCGGACACGAUCGAGAAGCUAACGGGAAAGGAUAAAGACUUCUACGAGAGUUAUAUCUUUAGAUCUUACAUCGAGGAAAACAAAGGGUUGAUGAUCAAGCAGUGUCCUGCACCGGAUUGCAACUACGUCAUCGAGUUUCAUCAAGCCAAUGAUGUGGAAGAGUACGGUUUAAACGUGGUGUGUCUCUGUGGUCACACCUUCUGCUGGAGAUGCGGCUUCGAGUCACACAGACCUGUGACGUGCAACAACGUCUCUGAUUGGUUAUCCACAGAAGUGGAAGUUUCGGUUGUGGAUCGCUGGGAGGAGCGUAAGGCUGCAAUGGAGGGAGCUCAAGACGAUCUACAAGACUUCGAAGACUACAUCAUCAAGAACCCAGAUAGUUUAAAAGAGCAAGACGUUAGGAUUGUGAGAGAAGGUCUUAUGCUUCUUAUUCAAUGCAGGCAAGUUCUUAAAUGGAGCUGCGUCUACGAGUACUUCCACACGGAGCAUGAGACAUCGAAGAAGGAAUAUCUCCAGUUCUUGCAAGACAUUGCGACGACGACGCUACAAAGCUACUUAAAGACUUUGCUAGCGGAAACGGAAACAGCCUUUUAUGCAGCAGAUGCGUUAGUGCUUUGUAAGUUUAGGCAUAACUUGACUACUGCGACGAGCAAUGUUGGUAACUUUUUUUAUCAUUUCAUCAAGACUUUGCAAGACGGUAUAGUGGAUGUGAAGGUGAAGUCUUACGACAAUGUCGCUGGUCCUUACUGGCUUUGCGAUCGAUGUACCUAUGGAAACAGUUGGCUUGAUAUGAAGUGUAAGAUGUGCUGUGAGGCUACUACAUCUAAGCUAGAUGAUUUAUCUCGUAAAUGGGUUUCUAAGCAAUCAUACAAGCACUAAUGCACCGGAUCCCGUCAGAACUCCGCAGUUAAGCCAAGAGUAGUACUAUGCUUGAGUUUGUGUCACAAAAAAAAAGGGACAAACAUGAAAUUUGCAACGUUUAAGGUUGUUUUUUGCUUCUUGUAUACCUUUAUAAGACUAGUUUUCAUCAUGUUGUUGAUCCUUAUUACAUAAAUAAUUUGUUUUUUCUGACUUAA